AACGUGUUAUUUCGUGAUGGAUAUCCCUCUUUCUUUCUUGGACUAUAUUUCUUGAAUAAACCAGAAAAGGGACAAAAGCAAAAUGGAAAGUCAAAGUUCAGGUCUGCAAGCUCUAUUAGUGUCAAACCAAGAAACAACAGGCCAUGAUUUUGAUAAGAAAGAAGCACAAGAACAAGAUUAUGGAAUAGGAAAACGAGAGAUUAUUGAAGAAGCAAAAAAGCAGCUAGGACUUGCUGUUCCUCUUAUAGCAGUCAAUAUUCUGCAGUAUUGUCUGCAAAUUAUUAGCAUAAUGUUCGUUGGCCACUUAGGAGAGUUGGCUCUCUCUGGCGCUUCAAUGGCUACUUCCUUUGCUUCAGUCACUGGAUUCAGUGUUUUGUUAGGAAUGGGAAGUGCACUGGAAACAUUAUGUGGGCAAGCCUAUGGAGCUAAGCAAUACCACAUGCUUGGCAUUUACACACAGAGAGCAAUGCUAGUUCUUCUUGUAUUGAGCAUUUUGCUUUUACUGAUAUGGUUCAACACCAGCACCAUUCUUAUCGCUUGUGAUCAAGACCCUGAUAUAUCUGCUGAAGCAGGACAAUUUAAUCGAUGGAUGAUCCCAGGACUUUUCGCGUAUGGCAUACUUCAAUGCCUCAAUAGAUUUUUACAGACUCAAAAUAUAGUGAUGCCGAUGAUGUUGACCUCUGGUUUCACAGCUUUGUUCCACAUUCUUAUAUGUUGGAUUUUUGUAUUCAAGAUUGGUCUUGGAAGCAAAGGGGCUGCUUUGGCUAAUGCCAUUUCAUAUUGGGUUAAUGUGUUUUUAUUAGCUGGUUAUAUUAAAUUUUUCCCAGCCUGUAGAAAAACUUGGACUGGUUUUUCAAAGGAAGCUUUGCAUGAUGUUCUGGAUUUUCUCAAGCUUGCCAUUCCUUCUGCAAUUAUGAUUUGCUUUGAAUAUUGGUCAUUUGAGAUGGUUGUUCUAUUAUCUGGCCUUCUUCCUAAUCCUAAAUUAGAGACAUCAGUAUUAUCAAUAAGUCUCAAUACUUGUUGGAUGGUAUACAUGGUUUCAGUAGGACUUGGUGCUGCUAUAAGUACAAGAGUUUCAAAUGAACUAGGGGCUGGUCGUCCACAAGGAGCACGAUUAGCUUUAUAUGUUAUUGUGGUAGUGGCCAUCUCAGUAGGAUUGAUAAUCGCGACCACCACCAUUUUGGUUCGUUUUGUAUGGGGGAAGCUAUACAGCAAUGAAGAAGAAGUAAUCAGAUAUGUCGCCAAGAUAUUGCCUUUGCUUGCUUUAUCUGAUUUCUUGGACGGCUUCCAAUGUGUGCUUUCAGGUGCUGCUAGAGGAUGUGGAUGGCAAAAACUCUGUGCAUUCAUCAAUCUUGGGGCUUAUUAUGUUGUGGGAUUACCUUCUUCUGUGCUCUUUGCAUUUGUCUUCCACACUGGAGGAAUGGGACUAUGGAUGGGAAUCAUUUGUGCAUUGUUAGUGCAAAAUGUGGCGCUUAUAGCGAUAAAUAUAUGCACUAAUUGGGAUAAGGAGGCAAGAAAAGCUGUAAAUAGAGUCCAAGUUUGUGGAUUAGUUGAAUGAUAUUUGGUGCGCCUUCUCGGACGGGGAAUCAGAAUGAGGGUUUGAGCCGUAGAAGCAGCCACUAAUACUUGCAUUAUGGUAGGCUAUCUAUAUCAUAUCCCUUAGGAUGCGGUUCUUCCUCGAACCCUGGCGUGAACGCGGGAUACCUUGUGGGAUGCCUUUUUUGAUUGUUAGAUUGUAUCAUGUAAUAUGCUAAUGUUUUCGAAUUAUAUUCCAGUUUAUCAUUUCUUACAUCCCAUUCAGGACAGAAGUUUAUAGUGAGUUUGCAUGUUUCAUCUUUUUGACAUUCUAAAUGUAAGAAUUAUACAAGUUCAGCCUGUAAAACAUAAAGGAAUUCUUGUGGAUAUUUUUA